AUGUCCGAAUUUAUCGGCGCCAGAAUAUCUUUGAUAUCCCGGAGCGAUAUUCGCUAUUCCGGUACACUCCACAGCAUCAACUCAGAUGACUCAACCGUCUCGCUCGAAAAUGUGAGGUCGUUCGGCACCGAACACCGGAAAACAGAUCCCGAGGAGUUCGUUCCGGCCUCUGAACAGCUCUACGAGUACAUUGUCUUCCGUGGCACAGAUGUCAAGGACUUGAGGAUUGAAGAAGCGAUCCUUGGUGCUCGACCUCGGCCCGCCAAUGCAGCUCCUGGCCCGGCCGGUCCUCCUGGACCUCAAGGCCCCCAGGGGCCCCAAGGCCCGAUUGGCCAUCCCGGUGCUCAGAACCAGCAAGGUCCUCCGCCUGGUCCGCCUGGUCCGCCAGGCUUCGGCUACUUUCCCCCGCACAUGGCAGGCUGGGGCCGUGCCGGUGGGCCGGGUCCCGGUCCCGGCCCUGGCCCGUUUGGUGGCAUGCCGUAUCCGCCUCCGGGGUGGUUUCCGCCUGGGCAAGAAUUCCCGCCUAUGGGGCACGGCCCGUGGAACCCCUAUGGUUUCCAACCCGGCCCUGGCGGCCCCCCCGGUGCUCCCGGUGCUCCAGGCGCUCCAGGUGGACCAGGUGGACCCGGUGCGCCCGGCGCUCCUGGGCAAGGCCGACAGUCGGCAAACCAGCCCCCCAACGACCAAGGUCCGACACAAAAGCCGGCGCCAAUUGGGCCUGCCGCCGACAGGAAGCCUGCGACCCCUUCUCAGCAAGCUGGCCCCCCGUCUGAGCCCAAGGCUAUGGCCCAGGCAGCGAAGCAGCCGACCACUGCAGUUGCGCCCCCGCCGCCAAUGGAGUCGAAACCAACAGCUGAGGAAGUGAAGGCAACCGCUGCGUCGCUUUCCAAUAACGCUACGGCCCCUACAGGCCAGAAUGUGCCCAUCCCAACCGGGCCGAAGAGCAGCCGUCCCACCCAGAUUCUGCCUGCAGUUCCUCUACCGGCUGCUCUUACUGCCAAGGCUGCUCAGGCUCAAGCUCCCAAACAAGCUCCUGGCCACACCAGCGCGGCAGCCGCGGCGGCGGCUCUGAGAGAUGCUACCCAGGCUGCCAAAGAUGCCGUGGCAGUUGCCAUGGCCCAGCUUGACGCCCCUACCGCUACACCCCAACAGCAACCGGAGGCCAAUGGCAUUAGCAACCUCAGUAAGAAGGUGGAAGAAAUGAGGAUCAAUGCCGCCCGCACAGGCCAGAAUAAUCGGGGUGGUCGUGGUCGCGGCCCUCGCCCCACUAAAGUUGAGGUCCCUGACUCGGAUUUCGACUUUGCGUCAUCGAACGCUAAAUUCAAUAAGCAAGACGUCGUCAAGGAGGCUGUUGCAGGGUCACCUCUUACCGAGGCUGCGUCGUUUACAGAGGGUGCCGUUCCGGAGGCUGCGCCCGAUGCCGCGGCCCCGGUCGAGGCGGCAUACAACAAGUCGAGGUCAUUCUUCGACAACAUCUCGAGCGAGAUGAAGGACCGGGAGAAUGCGACGCAGAGGCUAGGCGGGGCUCAAUGGCGCGGCGAAGAAACGCGCAAGAACAUGGAGACCUUCGGCCAGGGUAGCGUUGAUGGAGGUCACCGUGGUUUCCGCGGCGGACGUGGCCGUGGCCGUGGCGGUCGUGGUCGGGGCUACCGGGGUGGGCGUGGCGGUAACGGCGGUUUCCGUCCGCACCAGCAGCCCCAGACGGCGGCCCCCCAGUGA